AAGUUUGGAAACUUUGCACUGGCCAUGUGGUAGAAAAGAAAAGCUCAUUUUCAGAAGAAUUCAAGAAGGUUUCUGAGCAACCAUUUGCUAGAGAAAUCUGCCUAACUAAAAAUGAGGCAAGUGCAGAUAGCCAAGAAAUGGGAAACAGGCCUCUAAGGCAUUUCAGAGAUCUAACAGGCAGCCCCUCCCAUCACAAGCCCUGAGGCCUAGGAGGUCAGAAUGGUUUCAUGGGCCAGAAGUGACCUGUGCAGCCUCAGGACAUGUCUCCCUGCAUCCUGGCUUCUCCAACUCCAGCUGUGACUUAAAAGGGCCCAGGUACAGCUCAGACUGCAGCUCCAAAGGUUGCAAGCCAUAAGUCUUGGUGGCUUCCACAUGGUCUUAAGCCUGCAGGUGCACAGAGUGUCAAUAAGGCUUGGGAGCCUCCAUCUAGAUUUCAGAGGAUAUAUGGAAAAGCCAAGGUGUCCAGGCAGAAGCCUGCUGCAGGGGCUAAGCCUUGACAGAGAACCUCUACUAGAGCAGUGCAAAAAGGAAAUGUAGGGUUGGAACCCUCACACAGAGUACACACUAGGGCACUGACUAGUGGAGCUAUGAGAAGAGGGCCACCAUCUUCCAGAUCCCAGAAUGGUAGAUCAGAGCAGCCUCUGAGCCUGAACCCUGCAAAGCCACAGGGGAAGAAAUACCCAAGGCUGGAAGCCCACCCCUUAAAUUGGUGUGCCCUGGACAUGGGACAUGGGACAUGGAGUCAAAGAUUAUUCUGGAGCUUUAAGAUGUAAUGACUACCCUACUGGGUUUUGAUCUUGCAUAGGGCCUGUAGCCUCUUUCUUUUAGCCAAUUUCUCCCUUUUGGAACAGGAAUGUCUAUCUAAUGCUUGUACCCCCAUUGUAUCUUGGAAGUAACUAACUUGUUUUUGAUUUUACAGGCUCAUAGGAGGAAAGAACUUGCCUUGUCUCAGAUGAGGCUUCAGACUUUGGACUUUUGAGUUAACGCUGGAAUUAGUUAAGACUCUGGGGGACUGUUGGGAAGGCAAGAUUGUAUUUUGAAAUGUGAGAAGGCCAUGAGAUUUGAGAGGGGCCAGGGGCAGAAUGAUAUUGUUUAGAUGUGUGUCCCAACCCAAAUCUCAUACUGAAAUGUAAUCCCCAAUAUAAGAAGUGGGGACUGGUGGGAGGUGAUUGGAUCAUGGGAGCAGAUUCCUCAUGAAUGGCUUAGCAGCCCUUUGUUUCCAUCCUCAUAAUAGUGAGUUCUCAUGAGAUCUGGACAUUUAAACGUGUGCAGCAUCUCCCUCCUCAUUCUCUUGCUCCUGCUUUCACCAUGUGAUGUGCCUGCUCCCAUUUUGCCUUCCACCAUGAUUGGAAACUUCCUGAGGCCUGCUCAAAAGCAGAUGCCACUAUGCUUCCUGUACAGCCUGCAGAACUAUGAGCCAAUUCAACAUCUUUUCUUAUAAGUUACCGAGUCUCGGGUUUUCUUUAUAGCAAUGCAAGAAUGGACUGAUACAGAUAUAUACUUGGUAGUGGGAUGGCUGGGUCAUAUAGUGGUUAUAUUUUUAAUCUGAGAAAACUCCGGAUAUUUUCUAUAAUGUUUGUACUAAUUUACAUUUCCACAAAUAGUGAUCAAGUGUUCCCUUAUAUCCAUACCCUCACCAACCCUUGUUGUCUUUUGUCUCUUUGAUUACAGCUAUUCUAACACUGUGGGGUGGUAUCUCAGUGUGGUUUUAAUUUGCAUUUCUCUGAUGAUUAGUAACGUUGUGCAUUUUUUCAUAUGGACACUUUUUUUUUUUUUUAAAAAGAUGGAGCCUCACUCUGUCGCCCAGGCUGGAGUGCAGUGGUGCGAUCUAGGCUCACUGCAACCUGCGCCUCCUGGGUUCAAGCAAUUCUCCUGCCUCAGCCUCCUGAGUAGCUGGGAUUACAGGACCCACCACGCACCACCACGCCCAGCUAAUUUUUGUAUUUUUUUAGUAGAGACAGGGUUUCACCAUGUUGGUCAGGCUGGUCUCAAACUCCUGACCUCAUGAUCCUCCUGCCUCGGCCUCCUAAAGUGCUGGGAUUAUAGGCAUGAGCCACUGCGCCCGGCCUUAUAUUGACACAUUUUUAAGGGAUUUGGGGGGGGGGGGGCAGGGGUUCUUUGAAACAAUGUAAACAUCCAGUCCCUCAUCAAGCUUUCAAUUUUUUUUCACGUACUAAUUUAUAUAAGUUUGGAAUUAUGAUUCCCUCUGUUAUUUAAUGGGUUUUAAUCUAUAACUAGCAUUAUUUAUUUUGAUGCUCAAACCAUGUCAAGUUUGGUCAGUGGAAGUUCCUUCAAUCUGGUUUCCAUGUUCUUUGAACACGUCCCCACCAUUCUUUGAGCACUUCCUUACUUUCAAGCACAAGAUGUUCCAAGUUCAUUCUGAACUUUCCCUUCCCCAGCUCUGGAAUCUGCCAUUUCUCCAUGGAGCCUUUCUCCUUUCAGUGGAGCAUGGUAUUUAGGAACCAAGGGCUGACUGCCUAAUGUGCUUUCCAAGUAUAAUUUCCUCAGUCCAAGCUUUUCAAAUUGAUCUGCCAAAGACCCAUUGCCAAAGAUCCAUUGCCAGAAUAGAAGAGUGGAUGGAAAUUCUUAAUAUUUUUUAAAAGUUACUAUUAUUUUCAUUUUUCUCUUUGUAAAAAAUUCAUUUAAUUCAAUAUAAAAAGACAAAAAUCUUUGGCACAUAAAUCGCAACUCUAUGACGCAAAUCUUUAAAUAAAGCUGAUACUCCAAGAAGACGCAACAUAUUCUCUUUAUUCCACAGACAUAUAAGCCUAUGGUUGCAAACUUUUAUACACACACAGAGUCACAAUUCCACUGGCACCCGUGACGUUCCACAUCCAGAUUUUCCAAAUCACACAUUCUCAUCUUCACAUAGCCUUGCCGGCAACCGUCACACGGCAUAUUACCACAUUGUUACGUCAAGCACAGCCACAGUCUACCACAGAGCCUGUCGUCUCAUUGACCAAAUUGACAAAAAUCACAGCCCCGGGUAUUUUCUGUGUUUUUCUCCAGUCAGAGCCCUUCACUCACUACACACCGACUCACACUCAAAUCACACACACGCGGAAACACAACCCGCCACAGCCAGAGAGGUUCCGUCGGUCCCGUACCCCUCACGGUGCCACACACACGCGCUCACAAGACAAAUACAAAUGGCCAGGCACCCAUUCUUUACAAUACACAUAUUAAGCGCCUACUAUGUACUGCACGCCGGGACUACCUCAAGGGGUGAAACAGACAAAAUCCCGCCUGGCGGAGCUGUCGCCCAGUCCCGCACGCACUCGGCCUCAGGGUCGCACUCGGCGGUCUCACGUUCAAGUGGCCUGGCGAGUGGCUCAGAGGCGUCUGUUCUCCUCCUCAGCUUCCUGCGUGGGUUCCCGGUGAGUCGAACCGCCGGAUGCGCGCGCGCCUGCGCCUCCGCCCAAAAGAACCAGUUUCCGGCUGUGGACUACACUUCCCAGAAGCCCAUUGGGCAGUGUUGCCUGGACCCCAAGGGCCCUUUACAUUGCGUUCUUAACGGUUCAGUCACCUGGGUGCAUUAUUCACAGGCGGGCAAGAAGUCCGAGUUAGCCUUGCCUGCAUCCAGUCAUACGGCGUGGUACCACACUGCUAUGUCAAGCACAGCCACAAUCUACCACAGAGCCUGUCACCUCAUUGCUCACAGUCACAAAAAUCACAUCCCCAGGAAAUGGAAACAUUGCUUUGCUUUUCCUGAAUUGUCCAGUGACCUAUCCCAGGCCUUCCUUUCCAGUGAACAAUGGACCAUGCAGGUGGACCCUCCUCUUCACCGGCCUCCAAAUGACUUUCUCAUUUUUCAAAUCAUUCCUCUGCACUCACUUUCUAUAAUGCCCUGGUUUCUCUGGAUUCUGUGCUUCUCCAUGGAGGAAACUCAAGGAGAACUGACAAGUUCUUGUGGUUCUAAAACCAUGGCCAAUGUAUCCUUGGCAUUUAGGGAUGUGUCCAUAGACCUCUCCCAAGAGGAGUGGGAGUGCCUGGACCCUGUGCAGAGGGACUUGUACAAGGAUGUGAUGUUGGAGAACUACAGCAACCUGGUCUCACUGGGAUAUACCAUUCCUAAGCCAGAUGUGAUUACUUUAUUGGAGCAAGAGAAAGAGCCCUGGAUAGUAAUGAGGGAAGGGACAAGGAAUUGGUACACAGAUUUGGAAUACAAGUAUAUUACCAAGAAUUUACUUUCAGAAAAGAAUGUUUGCAAAAUCUAUUUAUCUCAAUUGCAGACAGGAGAAAAAAGUAAAAACACCAUCCAUGAGGAUACCAUUUUCAGAAAUGGUUUGCAGUGUAAACAUGAAUUUGAGAGACAAGAGAGACAUCAGAUGGGACGCGUUAGUCAAACGCUAACCCAAAAACAAAUAUCUCAUCCUCUACAUCCAAAAAUUCAUGCUAGAGAGAAAUCAUAUGAAUGUAAGGAAUGUAGAAAGGCCUUUAGACAACAGUCAUACCUUAUUCAACAUCUGAGAAUUCACACUGGUGAGAGACCCUAUAAAUGUAUGGAAUGUGGAAAGGCCUUUUGUCGAGUAGGAGACCUUAGAGUACAUCACACCAUCCAUGCUGGGGAGAGACCCUAUGAAUGUAAAGAAUGUGGGAAGGCCUUUAGACUUCAUUAUCACCUUACUGAACAUCAGAGAAUACAUUCUGGUGUGAAACCCUACAAGUGUAAGGAAUGUGGGAAAGCCUUUAGUCGUGUUAGAGACCUUAGAGUACAUCAGACAAUUCAUGCUGGAGAGAGACCUUAUGAAUGUAAAGAAUGUGGGAAGGCCUUUAGACUUCAUUAUCAACUAACUGAACAUCAAAGAAUUCAUACUGGUGAGAGGCCUUAUGAAUGUAAGGUUUGUGGCAAGACCUUUAGGGUACAACGACAUAUUAGUCAACAUCAGAAAAUUCAUACUGGUGUCAAACCCUAUAAAUGUAAUGAAUGUGGGAAGGCCUUUAGUCAUGGCUCAUACCUUGUUCAACAUCAGAAAAUUCAUACUGGUGAAAAACCCUAUGAAUGUAAAGAAUGUGGUAAGUCCUUUAGUUUUCAUGCAGAACUUGCUCGACAUCAUAGAAUUCAUACUGGUGAGAAACCCUAUGAAUGUAGAGAAUGUGGGAAAGCCUUUCGUCUUCAAACAGAACUUACUCGGCAUCAUAGAACUCAUACUGGUGAGAAACCCUAUGAAUGUAAGGAAUGUGGGAAGGCCUUUAUUUGUGGUUAUCAACUUACUUUACAUCUGAGAACUCACACCGGUGAGAUUCCCUAUGAAUGUAAGGAAUGUGGAAAAACCUUCAGUAGUCGCUAUCAUCUCACUCAACACUACAGAAUUCAUACUGGUGAGAAACCCUACAUAUGUAACGAAUGUGGAAAAGCCUUUCGUCUUCAAGCAGAACUUACCCGACAUCACAGAAUUCAUAUAUGUGAGAAACCCUAUGAAUGUAAGGAAUGUGGGAAGGCUUUUAUUCGUAGCAAUCAAUUUAUUUCACACCAGCGAAUUCACACCAGUGAGAGCACCUACGUAUGUAAAGAAUGUGGGAAGAUUUUUAGUCGUCGCUAUAAUCUUACUCAACAUUUUAAAAUUCAUACUGGUGAAAAACCCUGCAUAUGUAAUGAAUGUGGGAAAGCCUUUCGAUUUCAAACAGAACUUACUCAGCAUCAUAGAAUUCAUACUGGUGAAAAACCCUAUAAAUGUACAGAAUGCGGGAAGGCCUUUAUUCGUAGCACUCAUCUCACGCAACAUCACAGAAUUCAUACUGGCGAGAAACCUUACGAAUGUAAGGAAUGUGGGAAGACGUUUAGUCGGCACUAUCAUCUUACUCAACAUCACAGAGGCCAUACUGGUGAGAAGCCCUACAUAUGUAAUGAAUGUGGGAAUGCUUUUAUUUGCAGUUAUCGACUUACGUUACAUCAAAGAAUUCACACUGGUGAGAUUCCAUAUGAAUGUAAGGAAUGUGGAAAGACCUUUAGUCGUCGGUAUCAUCUUACUCAACAUUUUAGACUUCAUACUGGUGAGAAACCUUAUAGCUGUAAAGAAUGUGGGAAUGCCUUUCGUCUUCAAGCAGAACUUACUCGACAUCACAUAGUUCACACGGGUGAGAAACCCUAUAAAUGUAACGAAUGUGGGAAGGCCUUCAGUGUUAAUUCAGAACUUACUCGACAUCACAGAAUUCAUACUGGUGAAAAACCCUAUAAAUGUAAAGAAUGUGGAAAAGCCUUUAUUCGUAGUGAUCAACUUACUUUACAUCAGAGAAAUCAUAUUAGUGAGGAAGUCCUAUGCAUAAUGUAAAGAGAAUACGAUGGCUUUUAGAAAAUGCCCUUUAGCAGAGAAUUUGUAAUUUAAGAAAUUUUCUGUUUGUUACGGAACAUGUGGGAAUCCCUUUUAGUUCAUGCUCACAAUUUAUCAGAAAUUAUUUCAUAUGUUAAAGAAUUGAAAGACUAUAGCAUCACUCAGUCCCUGUUAGACUUUAGAAGAUUGAUACUGAUGCACUGCAUCCCAGACCAUCAAGGACCUUUCCCCUGCAAACUGUUGUUGAACAGUGCUUCUCUAAAAUGCAAUAAUAAUGGGCCAGGUGAAGUGGCUCACACCUGUAAUCCCAGCACUGUGGAAAGACAGGAGCUCAAAACCAGCCUGGGCAACAUAGUGAGACCCUGCCUCAUGGCUUUAGUGAGCCAAGAUUGUGCCACUGCACUCCAGCUUGGUGAGAGUGAGAUCCUGUCUCUAAAUAAAUAAGUAAAACGUAGGCCAGGCACAGUGGCUCACACCUGUAAUCCCAGCACUAUGGGAGACCCAGGUGACCAGGUGAGGUCAGGAGUUCAAGACCAGCCUAGCCAACAUGGUGAAACCCCUUCUCUACUAAAAUACACAAAUUAGCUAGGCGUGGUGGCGGGUGCCUGUAAUCCCAACUACUCAAGAGGUUGAGGCAGGAAAAUUGCUUGAACCUAGGUGGCAGAGGUUGCAGUGAGCCGAGAUCACACCACUGCAACUCUAGUCUGGGCGACAGAGCAAGACUCCGUCUCUUAAAUAAAUAGAUUACCAGAAAAAUGAAAAGAAAAAAAACAGACAUGCAAAAUAAAAGCCCCAGUUUUUUAUUAUGGUAUUUAACUGAGUUAACUCUAUCAGAUUGCUGCAAACAUUUCUAAAUACUUGCUCUCAGUAUCUAUAACUUUUGCAAACAAUUUGUGGACCAGUGUCAACACAUGGCCACACUUUAUAUAGCACUAUAAUGGAAAAUGAUUCUGUUAAUGUAAUGAACAUGGGAAAGACCAGCCUUGGCAUAUCUUUAUGAUAUAUAAAAAUAAUAUAAUUCUCAUAAUUCCACCUCUGCCUAUGUGGUGUUUGGCAAAACAUGCCCCUGUGCCUUGGUUUUUAAAAUGGUAAUAAUUAAUAGUACCACCUAAUAGUAUUUUUGUGAGGAUGAAAUGCUAAUAAAAGAUAAAACCUUUAAAAGAGUAUUUGGCACACAGCAUUUUAUCAAUAAAUAUUGCUUUAUUUUUUUCAUUAGGGAUACACUUAGUACAUUCAUGUGAGAGAAAGGCCCUGUGGGUGUCAGGAAUUCGUAAAAACCGUCCAUUACCUUUAAUUCCUUAUUUAGAUUGGGAUAAUUAACUGGGGAUAAUAUCCAGUAAAAUAGAUUAAACUUCCAUUUAUAAAGUCAGAACCUAUCUCUGAAAAUUAAUGUGAGAAAGAAAUCUCUAGAUUGGAUGGGUGUGAAGAUUAUGAGAGUAAAGUUUUGAAGACUCAGGGAUAGCUGUAAUGCUUUUUUCUUUUUAAACCCAAAAAGCAGGUAUGUCAGUCUGCUUUUUCUGCCUACAAUGAUAAAUUAAAAACAGCCACUAUCCAUUUGGAAAACUUAAAGGAAUAAUGAACACUGUUAUGUUCUAUCUAGAUUAAGCAGUUGUUAAUAUGUUGUCACAUUUGCUUUGCUUAUACAUAAUAUUUACAUAUUUGUAAAUAUGUAGUAUUUGAGUAUAAAUUGUAGAUACUAUAAAACACAUCACAUCUAAGAAUAAAGGCUGCCUGCCUCCUACUUAAUUGCUAUAUAACAAUUGUCCAACCUGUCUGUGCCCCAGGGCAGCUUUGAAUGCAGUCCAACACAAAUUUGUAAGCUGUCUUAAAACAUUAUGAGUUUUUUUGUGAUUUUUUUUUAAGCUCAUCCGCCAUUGUUAGUAUAUUUUAUGUAUGGCCCAAGAUAAUUCUUCCAGUGUAGCCCAGGGAAGCCAAAAGAUUUGACCCCCAGUAACUUCACACCUAAGGAGAUUAGCAAUAAUUCCAUAAUCUGUGAUAUUCAGUCUGUGUUCAUAUUCUCAGUUGUGUUCAUUCUUUUCACUUGUGUAAAGAAUGCUUUUCAUAGGUUAUUUUUAAAUUCAGGAACCAAAUUCAUGAAUUACAUUUUUGCAUUGUUCGUCUCUUAAAAUAAGAAUGGCCCUUCCCCCCACAACUUUAUUGCAACAUUAACUUUUUAAGCACUCAGGAUAGUUGUCUUAUAGAAUAUCACAUUCUGGAUUUUUCUCAUUUUCUCAAAGUAUAUAUUUUUUUCUUUUGAGACGGAGUCUCGCUCUGUCGCCCAGGCUGGAGUGCAGUGGUGCGAUCUCGGCUCACUGCACGCUCCGCCUCCCGGGUUCAGGCCAUUCUCCUGCCUCAGCCUCCCCAGUAGCUGGGACUACAGGCGCCUUCAACCACACCCGGCUAAUUUUUUGUGUUUUUAGUAGAGAUGGGGUUUCACUGUGUUAGCCAGGACAGUCUCGAUCUCCUGACCUCAUGAUCCGCCCGCCUCGUCCUCCCAAAGUGCUGGGAUUACAGGCGUGAGCCACCGCACCUGGCGUUCUCAAAGUAUUUUUAAAUGUGCUUUUUUAUCCCCAAUAUUUCCCAUUAACUGGAAUUUGGGAUUAGAGACCCAAUUAGGGACAGAUUAAAUAUUUUGGCGAGAAUACUUAAUGGGAGAAAUUUUGUAUUUCAAUUUGUAACCCAUUAGGUGGCAUACAGUGUCAUUAUACCAGUAUGGUAUCCUUAGUUCAUUCACUUGGUGUAGCAGAACAUACAUUCCAAAGAUGGCCACACCAAUAUAUCCCAUUCUGCAUGUUUACCUUACAAUGUGAUACCGACACUCCCCAAGAGGUAGAGCUCAUGGUCCUUCCUUUUGAAUCUGGCCAGGUGGGCCUGUGUUUAUGGCAGGAGUAACACUGUGAUUUCCACAACUAAGUCACAAAAGGCAAUACAGCUUCUGCCUGACCCACUUGGGAUGAAGCCCAGCCACCAUGCUAUGAAGAUGCCAAGUAACCACAUAGAAAAGCUAAGUAAAGCUGUCCUGAUUACAGCUGUAGCUGAGGUAACAGCCAGCAUCCAGCACCAAGUGUAUGAGGGUAUGAGCCUUCAGAUGAUUCUAACCCUUAGCCUUCAGGCUGUCCUAGCUGGUGCUAAGUGGAGCAGAGAAAAGCUUUCCCCCAUGAGCCUGCCCAAAUUGCAGAUUUACGUGUAAAAUAUGGUCUGUUUUAAGCCACUAAGUUUUGGUGUAGUUUGUUACACAGCAAUAGGUAACUGAAAUACUUGCUUCAUAUGGUAAUCACCAAGUUUCUCUGUUGUAGAGCUAAAUAUUUCUUUUAAUUUAGUAAAUGAUCUGUAGAGUAGUACUUUGGCAUUUUGGAACUUUAAAAUCUCCAAUAAUAUAAUGACACCAGAUUAAAAAGAAAAUGAAACCAUAAAGGACAAUUUAGAAAUGAAUGGUGAGAUCAGAAUUUGUGAAUGUGGCCAAACCUGUGCUCAGUGAAAAAUCAAUAACCUGUUAAUGUAUUCAGGAAACAAAUAUUGAGAGCCAGCACUUUGUUUCUCCUGCUCACCACUCUACUCCCAGUGACUUAAUACUGUUUCUUUAACAUAGUAAUCACUUAUAAAACUGUAAAAAGAAUGAAGACGCAUUAAACUCAAGAAACUAAGGGAAAAAUAAGUCAAUAUAAGAAAGGGCGGAUCAUUAAAAGGAGUUAAUGAAUUUGAAAAUAAAGUAGACUUAUUAAGGCUUUGUGAAAAAAUAUUAAUACUUGAUUUUAGUAUAGCUAAUCAAAGGAAAAAGAUAAUUACAGCAUUGUGAAUGAGAAUUGGAUGUAAGUACAGAUGGAGGAGAUAUUUUUUGUUUUAUUGAAAAUUUCAAGGAGGAGGUACUAUCAAAAUUUCACUAGCUCUUUCUACACUGAUAUUAUAAUCCUAAUACAACAGAUGAGGAUAGUUCUUAAAAGGCAAAAAUGUAGGUGAGUCAUUAUGAAGAAAGCAGAAAUUCUAAACCAUCAGCACAUUCAUUCAAAAACCUAGUAAAGCAAUUAAGCAAAAUAAUUUAUUUACUUGGACUGUCCAGGGAUAGAUCUGUUCUAGUUUUCCAAAUUAAUGAUGGGAAAGGAAGAGCUGAUCCAGUCCAAGUAUCUUCAAGAUCCAUGUUCUCAGUUUUUCUUAGCUUUAAAUGGCCAAAUUAUGGCUUAGAUUGGAUAUGAUAAUUUCCUCAAUGCUUAACACUGAGCACAAUUUUUCACAUAUUUGAAAUCAAGGUGUAUCUUAAAAUUUAUGGCAUCUGACAAUACUUCCAACCAGGUGGCAGUCAUCAAGUAGUUUUGUGAAAAGCCUUCCUGGUAAGAAUACAAAGGCACCUGCACCAAAAUAUAUAGAUUUAAUGGCAUGUAGGGGUUUGCGUGAAUAUAUACAGUUGAAAUUCAAUUCUUCCCUAAAAAGAACUGUAACUCAUUUCUUGAAGACUACCAUACUACCACUUUCCUCAACUUAGACUAAUGUCCAUUGUCAACCAAAAUGUCUGGGAUCUCAUGGAUCCAUUAUGAUUUGCAACUCCAGGUCCAUUUUAUGCAAAUAAGACAGCCGUAAUAUAUCAUUGUACAAGUCAUUUACUAUCUAAUUAUAUCAUUGCUCAACAUUCGCAAAUUAUUUUUACAAAUAACAAUAAUUGGAUGUAACAAAAAGCAGAGUAUUUUGAGACAUAUAUUAAUGCAAAAUAUUGUUAAUGUAUCAGUGGAUUGUUCCUCCAAAGUACCAGUGCCUUAACACAACAUAUCUAAAAGAACGUCUCUGGGAACAGUAGUACUUAAUGGCACUUGAGAAAUGGUUUGUGGGCACACAGCCUUGUGAAGUUUUGAAUACUAAAUCCCUUUUUUAAAAAAAUGCUUAUUAUCAGGCUAUCGAAAGAUUUGAGUCUUACAAUAAAGAAAAUUUGCUUUAUUUUAUCUAAUGCAUGAUAAACUUUACUAAGGAAGUCUCAUUCAGAAUAUCUAAUAUUUUGGGACGUGAGCCCACACUGGAAAUGCCAUAACCAAAAAAGAGUGGCCCUAAAGAUAGAAUAUUCAGAUCUAAUGGCAGAUGCUUAGCUAUGCUGGGAAAGGAAAUGAAUGGUAUAUUUCUCUGCUGCUCACAUAUUCCUCUGCAAUAAAUUGCUGGCCCAGUUUUGUUUUUAUAUACUCACUACUAUACUAAUGAGGAUGGCUCAAUUUUUUAUUUGAACAUACUAUAAUGAAUUUAAACUUUCAUUGGUAUUUAUGUUUUAACAGGUUUUCACAAUUUCAAAUAUACUUCAAUAAAUAUCCUUGUCUGUGAUCAUUGGUUUAUGUGAAUUGGAAUUUCAGUAGCUGUAUAUACAUGGAAGUACAAUUGCUCUUACAUCAUACACUCUUUCAGUUAUGUUAGAUAAUACUAAAUCAACCAUAGAUUCUGUAUACCCUACUAGAUAUUUCCAAAUUGUUCUCUUAGACUUCUGAGAACUGGUAAAUGGAGUGCUAUAGCUUCAGUUUAGGUAUGUUUUUGUAUGUAUUCCUAAAUUUUGACUUAAGCCACUUUUCAAAUGUAUUUCUUGGCCUAUCAUCAUUCCUUUACUUUGACUUUCAUAUUCUUGGCUUUCUCCAUUAUUUUUGUCUUGUUUUUUUCUUCCCUCUAAUUGACUUGAAUGUCAUUCUGUUACUUUGCUAUAUUGAUGAAGUAUUUUCUACCUACAUGCAUAUAGUCUGACCAUGCAUUCUCUCUUUAUGAGACAUUUUAAGAUUUAUAGGUUAUCAGUUAUGUAAUCUUUGCAGAAUAUAUAAAAUUUUAUUUUCCAGUAUUUAUAUUUAUUUUUCUUAUUGCAAUAGCUAGAAUCUUCAGAACACAGUUGAAUAUUAUGGUAAUAGGUAUCUUUUUUUCCAAAUUUAAUGGAAUAUUUCCCAACAUUUUUUUCUUUGGUCCUAUGUUUACUCAAGAACCUACAUUUAAUCAUUUACCAUAAUAUUCACUCUUCAUUUGGGGAUAAAUUCUCUGCUGACUUUAAAUUUCCUUCAAUAUAUGCGGGGGUAGAGGGAGGAUGCCUACUUUUUUAGUGAUUGUUAAUUUAAAAACUGCUGAAUUUUGUCCAAGGCCAUUUUGUUAUCUAUUUUAAUUUUAUGUUUUUCUCCUUAAAUUUAUUGAUGUAUUGAUUUGUAUUUAUGACUUUCUUAAAUUUUAAACAUUUCUUGUAAUACGCUAUAAUUUUUGUCAUACUGCUAGAGUCCAUUUGGUGAUAUUUUAAUUAGAACUUUUUCAUCUAUAGCCAAAUAAGGCAGUAUUAUAGUUUCUUUUUAUUUUAUUGAUAAGAUUUUAGAGUUGUAAUGGUCUGUUCUUUAACACCUAGAAACAAGUUGUCCUUAAAGUAUUUACAUUUUUGUAUCUUGAUAUUAUAUUUUAUGAUUUGCUAAAUUCACUUAGCUUUAGCAGGGUCUUUUUUUUUUUUUUUUUUUUUGAGAUGGAGUCUGGCUCUGUCGCCCAGGCUGGAGUGCAGUGGCGCAAUCUAGGCUCACUGCAAGCCCCGCCUCCCGGGUUCACGCCAUUCUCCUGCCUCAGCCUCCCGAGUAGCUGGGGCUACAGGCGCCCGCCACAACGCCCGGCUAAUUUUUUGUAUUUUUUAGUAGAGACGGGGUUUCACCAUGGUCUUGAUCUCCUGACCUCGUGAUACACCCGCCUCGGCCUCCCAAAGUUCUGGGAUUACAGGCGUGAGCCACCGCGCCUGGCCUAGCAGGGCUUAUUUUUUAUAAAUUACUUAGAAUUUUCUAUAAACACAAUCAGGACAUCUGUGAAGACAGUUCCUUUUAAUUUAUACUU